AUGGCUGCUAAGAAUAUCCUCCUCUUCGGCGCGACUGGCCAAAUCGGCUCGUUCAUCUUGGAAGCCGUCCUCACUGCCCGCGAUUCCUUCGGCCGAGUGGCCAUCUUCACCUCCGCACGAACUGCCGAGACCAAAUCGGCAUAUCUGGAAAAGCUGAUACAGCAAAAAGUCGAGAUUAUUGUUGGAGAUGUUGAAGAUGAGAGCGCUGUAAAGGCUGCAUACAAUGGAAUCGACACCGUCAUUUCAGCCCUUGGCCGAAACACCCUUGCACAGCAGAUAUCUCUCAUUCGUCUCGCAGCUGCAAGUUCCGACGUGAAAUGGUUCUUCCCAUCCGAGUAUGGCACAGACAUCGCCUACGGUCCUGCCUCGGCGCAUGAAAAGCCGCAUCAGCAGAAGUUGAAGGUUCGCGCCGUGCUCGAGCAGGAGAUUUCACGCGGUGAUCUCGACUACUCGUACGUCGUGACGGGCCCAUUUGCGGAAAUGUAUCUUCAUUUCACGCCCGGGCUGGAAGAAGCCGGUGGAUGGGAUGUCAAGGAACGCAAGGCUGUGUUGCUGGGUGAAAAGGGGGCGGCGAGGGUUAGCUUGACUACGAUGAAGGAUGUGGGAACCCUGGUUCUGUCAGCUCUUCUUAACGCUGGCCCUGAGGCUCGCAACCGAGCUCUGCGUGUGAAUUCAUUCACUACCACCCCGGCCGAAAUCCAGGCUGAGUUUGAGCGUCAAACGACUGGUCAGCCAUGGGAGUCCGUUUCGGAAACCUCCCUUGAGCGACUGCGCGAGCUGGAAAAGGCCGCAUGGGACGCUGGGAAUGGAGCUGCGACUGUGCUCACUCUGCGCCGCAUCUGGACCGAGGGAGGAACUUUGUAUGAGCAGCGGGAUAACGGGCUUAUUGGGGAGCCCAAGGUACUCGGUCUGCAAGAGGUGGUUGCGAAUGAGAUCCGCCGAGUUUCUUCACUUUAA